AUGGCGGAUAACGGAGGAGUUUCAAUCGCGAGCAGUACAGUCGUCUGUGUCGAAGCUGACAUUAAAGGAGAAGUUUUAAUUAAAGAAGGUUGUGUCGUCCAUCCACAUGUUAUUAUUGAUGCUUCAAAUGGUCCAAUCUAUAUAGGAGACAACAAUAUUUUUGAAGAAUUUUCAGUUAUUCGAAAUAACAGUGAAGGCCAACCAAUGAUCAUUGGCGAUUCAAAUAUCUUUGAAGUGCACUCGAAGUGUAGUGCAAAAUAUGUGGGAAGUCGAAAUGUGAUCGGAGUUCAUGCGGUACUUGAAGAUGGAUGUUCAGUGUCUGAUGACUGUAGUGUAGCUGCGAGAUGUCGUGUUUAUGCCAAACAAAACCUGGAACCCUUUGUGGCAAUUUACGGACAGACGAAUGCCCACAGGACGACUAUAACACCAAAUUUGACACCCACUGUACAACUGGAAUUCCUCCGAAAGAUCCUCCCAUCCUACCAUCAUUUAUAUGGCAAAAAGAAGGCCGCACCGGGUCAAUAG